UGCAUCUUCUACAGGCAGGAAGGGACUUGGCGGGAGAGAAGGGAAGGACGACGCAGAUUCUGGUGGGAGAACUGGGGAGAGGAUAAACGUCUGGGCUACUUGGGAGGGGAGCAUUAUUCAUUGACAAGUGGGAAAAUGAAUGAAAGUAAAGCUAUUGAUUCAAAAGAAAGUGGGGAAUAUGAAGAUGACUUUGAAAAGGACCUGGAGUGGUUGAUCAAUGACAAAGAGAAAAGCAAUGGCAGCAUAAUAGAGAUGGCUUGCAAGAAGGAAGACGAUCUUGACCAGGAACUGAAAGAGAGUGAAGCAGAAACAGAACAGGGCCAACAGCACUCUGAUCCAGAUAAGCCUGUAAGGGAUGAGGCCUCAUCCAGAAGAAAUGACUUCAUUUCCGUCCCAAGUAUCCAGCCGUUGGAUCCCAUAUCAGACUCAGACAGUGAGAACUCCUUCCAGGACUUCAAAGCAGAAAACCAGAAAGACCUGGAGGAAGAAGAGGAUGAGGAAGUAAGGAGAUAUAUUAUGGAGAAGAUUAUAGAGGCUAACAAGCUCCUACAGAAUCAAGAGCCAGUGGAUGACAAAAGGGAGCGAAAACUCAAGUUCAAAGACAAAUUAGUUGAUUUAGAAGUUCCACCAUUAGAAGACAGCGACACUUGUAAAGCUUCCUUAGAAAAUGAAAAUAAUAUGUCUGGAAAACUGUCACAGUUAUGCAUUUCUGGCGAAUUGGGACAAGAGAAUGUGGUCUUGUCAGUUCCUGAUGGCGGCUGUGAAGAAAAUGAUAGGAAGAUACUGGUAGAGAGAGACGGGAAGUUUGAACUGAUGAAUUUACAAGACAUUGAGAGCCAGGGGUUCCUGCCCCCCAUUAAUAAUGCUAACAACACAGAAAUCGAUUCCUCACAGUUGCUGCUCAGGUCUCCCACCCCAUCGUCUGUUGGGGGCGUCAAGAAAGACGAGCCUGUGGCCAAGGUUCAUUCUGUGGCUCUCUCUCCAACAGGAGAGCCAUUGGCUCAAGUCCCUCAGCCACCACCCAACCCCAAGACUCGUCCAAGCUCUGCUGCCAACCCAGAUCUAAAUAGAAGAAACAGGAGAUCUAAUCACAGAAUACAGUCUGCAGGUGUCUCUCCAGUGACUUCAACGUAUUGUCUUUCGCCACGACAGAAAGAACUCCAAAAACAGCUAGAACGGAAGAGAGAAAAGCUAAAGAGGGAGGAAGAACAGCGCAAAAUAGAAGAAGAGAAUGAGAAGAAAAAGGAGAACGAGAUGGUGUUUAAAGCAUGGCUGCAGAAGAAAAGAGAGCAGGUCAUAGAAAUGCGGAGAGUUCAGCGAGCAAAGCAGAUAGAAGACAUGAACAGCAGACAAGUGAACAGAGACCCACAACAAGCUUUUCGAUUAUGGCUGAAGAAAAAGCAUGAAGAGCAGAUGAAAGAAAGGAAGACAGAGGAACUCAGGAAGCAAGAGGAGUGUUUGUUCUUUCUGAGAGGAACAGAGGGCCGCGAGAGGGCUUUUAAGCAAUGGCUCAGAAGAAAACAGAUAGAAAAAAUAGCAGAGCAACAGGCUGUCAAAGAGAGAGCCAGGCAGCUCCGACUGGAAGCACGGCGCUCCAAACAGCUACAGAGCAACCUGUACAACAUGCCAGAAGCCAAAUCUUUCCGAUUUACUGACCACUACAACUGAAGCUGUCUGGGAAAGCCUUCAUCAGAUGCUACUGUCACCAGAGUUUGGAUGCCAUUUCCCAUGGACCCUGCAUCUCAAUAAUAUUCUAAAUUUCAGAGUGGGAUUUGUCUUUUGGUAAUGCUGAUGGUGAAUUUUUAUUGUCUUCACACUAACACAAAAUAAACAUCUCUCACAGUGUUGAA